AUGGUCGAAUUCCUCCGUCGCGCUGGGGACCAGUCGCUGAACAUCGAUUUUGACUCACCAAAAGUGAUAAGGAUGAGCCCCGGCCAACGACAACAGCGCUGUGAGCUGAUCAGAGAUAAUAUCCAUCGAGCUCGCAGGAUCUGCAGCACGGAGUUUGGAAUCGACGAGAUUGAGGAGAUGAGAAUGUUGAAAGGGCGGCGACUAGCGUCCCUCGAGUCUCUCGAACUGUGGUACCUUGCGGACGUGCAGGUUGAUGCGCCCAAUCUUCGCUGCGCUAGUCUGGAUGGUUGCCGUAUCACCCUACUUGCACCGAACCUCUACCAGGCCAAAUGCCUCACUCCUGCCACGUUCACGCAUCAGGCGUCCUCGUUACGCAUCCUUGAUUUUCGGUGGCCCAGCGCGAAUUGCAGGGAGAUUCCAUUUCUACUUGCAUCGAUGCCGCGCCUCACACAGCUCAGCAUCGAAUUGUACGAAGAGUCCCUGUUGAGGACGGCUAUGGCCAGACAUGAUGGCGUCGAUACCGAUCUUGUAGCGUAUGGGCGGGGAGAUGAUAUUCUUCACCUUCGGUCGCGAGGCAUCUCAUUACAUUUCCCCGACCUCCGUGAUCUCAGAAUCUCCGGAAAGGGUGCCGCCCGUCGAACCCUAUGUGGUCUGCUCGCACAUCUGGCUUCAACCUCCAAGGAUAGUCUGCGUCGAGUUGAAGUCAACUGUGACGACCCGAACUUUAUGAACUCAAGCCUAAUGCUCGAUGGAAUGAGCAUCUUCGCUCACACCAUACAGACCGAUGCCGUAUACGUCUCUUUCAGAGACGCCCGGAAUGGCGUUCACAUUGUCGUGUCGACUUGGCCCAUGGCGCGCAGGAGCGAUCCAAGCUGUCCAGGGAUGACAUUGAGGUUCUCAAUGUAUCCCAAUGACACCUCUGAUCUCGAACACGUCAUCAAAACGAGGCUCAGGGCACUCUUCCCCUUCGCCGGUCGGAUAACACAUCUCUUCAUCGAGCGCCUCCCCUCGUAUGGCGCGGCCACCCCAUCCCAAACCGCAAAUAAAGCUGUCUUCUCUCUGUUUACAGCUGUUCAUACUCUACAUGUCAGUGGUUAUGAUGGGGUUUCAACCUCUGCUGAAGCCCCCGGCGGAUCCCUGUAUCCAUUGCUGGGAUCGUUACAGGAUCCCGGUCUUCCAUCUCUCGAGAACUUGCACAUUGAUUACCCGCGUGUUAUGUUUCACGACUGGUGGUUGCGCCUUGCAGUUGCCCUAGCCUCUCGCGAACGUGCAGGGAUACCGCUCUCUAUAGUCCGCAUCUACCACAAGUGGAGCCCGAAUGGUAGUCGCCCCGAAGGCGCUACGCUCUCCCUUCUCGAGACAUUACACGAGCAACAAGGUGUUGGGCUCUUGGCGCCGGACACCUUCAUUGCCAACGCUCUUCCACGGGCAUUUGGAGCCGAUGGGACCUCUUUUUGGACGAAAGAGAGGGUCAAGAGUGUGGCGAAGAGCUUGUUUAACCGGGCUGUUCAAACCAUUGAGGUGGAAGAUUCGGCGGUGGAUUCCAAGCCUGUAUUGCUUUUCAAAGUGUAA